UUUGUGUUUCGAACUCUCACAUCUUGCCUAUCAAUAAUUGAGGCGCGCGCCAGAGAGCAGACGGAGCUUCCCCUCCCGCGCGCUGCUGCUAUGAGUGCUGCUGUCCGCCCGCUCGGCGCGCGACUCUCCCUCUGUUUGUUCCGGAACAGGAGCCGCUGACAGGUGCGACAGGAGGAGGAGACCAGGUGAGCGACCAGGACUGGACCGGAGCGAACACCAGCGAAUCCAUCCGGGUCGGAGUUUAACCGUUAACCGCAGCAGAACGGAGCGGCUCGCGCAGGUUUAAACUUCUGCUAUUGUUGGGGCUUUUUUUUUUUCUUUUCUUUUUUUUUUCUUUGUGGUCCGGAAUGUUGGUGCUGUGCCUGCUGAGUGCCGCCUGGCUCGCUGCUGGCCCGGUUCGGGCUCAGAAUGAGACCGAACCCAUCGUGUUGGAGGGGAAGUGCCUGGUGGUGUGCGACUCCAACCCGACCUCGGACCCGACGGGCACGGCGCUCGGCAUCUCGGUGCGCUCCGGCAGCGCGAAGGUGGCUUUCUCCGCGGUCCGGAACACCAACCACGAACCGUCCGAGAUGAGCAACCGAACCAUGGUCAUCUACUUUGACCAGGUUUUAGUAAACGUUGGGAGGAAUUUUGACGAGGAACGAAGUAACUUCAUCGCGCCGCGGAAAGGGAUUUACAGUUUUAACUUCCACGUAGUCAAAGUCUACAACCGCCAAACCAUACAGGUGAGCCUGAUGCACAACGGCUGGCCGGUGAUCUCUGCGUUCGCCGGCGACCAGGAUGUGACACGCGAAGCUGCCAGCAACGGCGUUCUGAUCCAGAUGGAGAAGGGCGACCGGGCCUACCUCAAACUGGAAAGAGGAAACCUGAUGGGCGGAUGGAAAUUCUCCACCUUCUCCGGGUUCCUGGUGUUCCCGUUGUAGAGAGGAGGAAGGAGCUGGGGAUGGAAACAAAGGAGGAAGUCGGAAAGUUCAGAAGCGGAGAAAAAAGGACAAAUGAGCUGGAGGAAGAGAAGAAGAAGAAGAAAAGAGAGGGCGUGACAACGGACGAUGAUUUAAGAUAAAGUUUGAUUGUAGGAAUUAAGAAAACCCGGUACAUGAGAGAAAAUGGCCACCUUCUUCACUUCCUCCUUUCAUCCAUCCCUUCAUCCAUCCUUUUCCUCUCUCUGUUUUCUUUGUGGCUUGACUGCAGCUUGGACAGCCAAAACUUUUUUUACUCUCUGCUGAAAAACGCAGCUGAUCAUCUUUUCGUGGCAGAGCGUCCUGAAGUGUAAGAAUCCCCUCUUUCCUCCUCACUCCUUCACCCAGCCAUCCGUUUAUCAUCCCUUCAUCCAUCAGUCACUAAACAUCAACUCUGAAGAAUGUUUCUCAAGGGAAAAACUCACAUUUUUUAUGCAUCUCAUUUUUAUUUUUGUCAUUUAGGGGAAGAUUUGUUCCUGGUUUCAUUUACAAAAUGUGAUUUUAAACACAAACCUCUAGAUUGCAGCCUGGAGAUGCUGGUUUACUUUUUCAAUAUGAUUAUUGACUUUAAUGUUGCCGUUAAAGUGUAGUGAAUUAUCCCACAUUUUCUCUUGUAAUUUAUUUCAGUCAGUAUUUUCCUCCUUAUCACAGAUGUAACCUUUUAAAUUUUAAAUUCCUUCCAAGAUUAUUAUUGAAAUUUAAGACCUUAAUGAAUUAAAAUCUCUAAGAUUUCUUAUGAACUAGUUGAACAACGUUUCUACUGUAAGCUUUGUGAAAACACAACAAACACGCUUUAACCAAAACUAACUUACCGUAAUGAAGCAAAAAAUUAACACUUAAAUCCAAGACAAAGGUAAAUGUAAUUUAAAAUAUAGUAUGGAAAGUUUAGCCAUAUUUAAGAUAUUUUACAAAAUAAACAUUGAGUAAGUAAACGUAGAUCACGUUGUUGAAGCUUCACUCUGGAUGAGGCUAAACAUAGAUAUUCCAUGUUUCUGGAAGCCCAACAUAAAUUCGGCCAGUUUAACGGUAAAUAUAAGAAGUUUUAUAAAUAUUCUGUACCGUAUCGAUGCUCGGUGAGUGAACACGUGUUUAUACGUUUGCUGCUUUCCACUGAAAUUCAGAAGCCGAGGAAUUCGGUAAACGUAAAAAUGUACAUUUAGCUUUUCAGUAAACAUGAAAGUAUUUUAACUCCAGGUUGUAUGGAGGGCCAAACGUGACAAGUGUUUUUUUAUUAAAGAAACAAACUGUCCAAACCUUGAUGAAAAACAUAAUUAGAUGUUUUUAAAUCACCAAAAUGUUUGGAAAGUUAAAUUAAAUGUUUUAGUAAACGUAAAAGUUGUUUAACUCCAAGAUGACAAAUAAAAAUACAAUUAAAUUUAUUUAAUUCCUGUUUUGCAUGUUAGCUACGUAUGUACAUAUGUAAACAGUGUAUAGAAAUUAAAGGUUGAAUCAAAUUGAAAUUAAUUAUAUGGGUAAAAUAAUAAAGCUUUCAUUGGGAGAAGUAGCUUCAUCGUACUUGCCGAGCUCGUAAGUUUUUAGGCUCUUGUAACGAAUACAUUUUUUUUUCAACAAACACUGUAGUUACCCUGUUCUCGACUGAAUUUCUCAUUUCUGUUGAGGUCAGGUGGAGUUUUAUUUAUUUAAUUCGCCUCAUUCCUGCUGCGGUUCUUCAGAAACAAACCUCCUCAUCUUUUGGACCCUCCUCUCUUUUACUCUGCUGCUUUCCAUGAAGUUCAGAUUUCAUUUCAUCCUCCUUUGGUUUAUUUUUCCACCACAUCCUCUCGUCCCCGACAGGCCACCAUUUUGUCCCUGGACCGCCGGUGUUUGUUCGCUUCGAAGCACAGACUGUCCUUCGCUUCUCUUCAUGUCGGACUGUGACCUCUGAACCCUGCUACCAUGGAACUUUAACAGUGUAUAUAUAUAUAUAUAUAUAUAUAUAUACACAUGCAUACACACACACACAAAUAUUAAUAUAUCAAAGCCACUGUUUUUAUUCUCCUGGUAUUAUGAUGAUAAUAAUGGUACUACUAGGUAAUGAAUUUGACUGAUGACUAUAUUAUCUGUAUUUCCGUACUUGAGUGUUAUAUAAAAGAGAAACAGAAACCUAA